UCGGUGGAGGCCCGCUGGUUGCUACGCAACAGGAAACAUUCCGCGCUACCGAAUACUUUCUACUCCAGACCAGGCAUUGCUCUCUCUGGAGACACUCGGCGUUGGUUGCUCUAUUCUGACUUGGAGUAAGGAUGACUUCUCAGGCCACAGAUAGUGAAUUUGACCUGACAAAUAUUGAAGAGUAUGCUGAAAAUUCUGCACUUUCAAGACUGAAUAAUAUAAAAGCCAAAGGAAAAGUGAGUUAUGUGACAUCCACAGAAAAUGAAUCUGAUCCACAAAUCCUAACAUUUAGACACAUUACAAAAGCUCAAGAGAAGACAAGAAAACGACAGCAGCCUAUAAAACUAGAGCCUUUGCCAGUGCUAAAAGUCUACCAAGAUCAUAAGCAGCCAGAAUACAUACAUGAACAGAACCGAUUUCAGUUAAUGGCUGCCGGAAUCCUUAAACCUCCAGUAAGCAUAGCAAAAAAAAGUUUUGUCACAUCAUCUACUCAGAUUCUUGAGCAUCAAGAUGCUGUGAAAAAAAUACAGAUUCAUCAGCCCUAUGUUGAAGUGUUCUCUCCCUCUCCUCCUAAACUGCCACGUACCAGUACUGGAAAAAGAGGUCUCUUCGGGACUAGGUCUUCAGCUUACCCUAAGUACACUUUCCACGACCGAGAAGAAGUAGUUAAAGCCAACAUUCGUGAUCCCUUGCAAAUCAUUAAAAUAAUACGUGAAAAUGAACAUCUUGGAUUUCUUUAUAUGAUCCCUGCAGUGCCAAGAUCAUCCAUUGAAUAUGAUACAUAUAAUCUAAAAGUUGUAAGUUAUGAGAACAUCAAUAAAAAUGACUACUAUACUAUUAGCCAAAGGGCAGUAACACACAUUUAUAAUGAAGACAUUGAAUUUAUAGAAAUUGAUCGAUGGGAACAGGAAUAUCUAUAUCACAGAGAACUCACUAAGAUUCCCAUAUUUUCACUGUUCCGGAAAUGGAAGGCUUUUAGUGUGUGGAGGAAGAAUGUCCGCUCCAAGAAAAUCACCGGAUGUCGAAAAUCUCUACAAAAAAAUUUGUUCAUUGUUAAUCCUCAUUUGCGACCAGCUCUUCUUAAAAUAAAUGAAUUGUGUUAUUAUUUGAGUUUUAUGGGACUCUGUUAUAUUGAAAAGUGUCACACGUACACCCUGCAGGAAUUUAAGGCCGCACAAGUCAUACGGCUAGCAGAGGUGACAGAACGCCUGGGAGAAUUUCGAAAUGAGGCAAAAUAUGUAGUCAGAAAGGCUUGUCGAUUUGCUUUGCGUGCUGCAGGAUUUGUUCCUGAUGACUGUCCUUUUGGACCUGUUAAGGAUUAUCAUAAAAUGCAGAGCAGUAUAAGUUUCAUUAAUAUGCCAUGGGACUUGCCCACUUAUGGAGACUCUGAGAAAAUGACGUAUACAGAACAGGCCAGCAAAAGGCAUCAUUGCAUGAGGCUGACGUGCUUUAUUCGUCUAAACGACUAUCUAAUUGAGAACACAAUGCAUGUCUUAACCGUAAAUGCUGUUAAUUCGCUUUUGAACCAUCUCACUGACAAGCUAAAACGAACACCUUCAGCAGAUGUCAUUCAGAAAUGGAUUACUGAAGAGAAGCCUGAAGUCCCUGAUAAAAAGGGGACCCUUGUGGUGGAAAAGCAAGAAGAAGAUGAAUCUCUCAUCCCCAUGUUUCUCACAGAACUAAUGUUGACGGUCCAGUCACUUCUCUUUGAGCCUUCUCUGGAAGACUUUCUGGAUGGUAUUUUGGGCGCAGUUAAUCAUUGUCAAAACACUGUGUUAUCAGUUCCUAAUCUCGUGCCUGAUUCGUAUUUUGAUGCUUUCACCAGCCCUUAUAUUAACAACAAACUUGAAGAAAAAACCUGUGGAACUGGGCCAAGUUUAGCAGCAGUAUUCGAGGAUGAUAAGAAUUUUCACACAAUUAUUUCUCAAAUAAAGGAAACCAUUCAGGCAGCAUUUGAAUCGGCCCGCCUCUAUGCAGCUACCUUUGAAAAGUUCCAGCUAUUCUUCAAGGAAAAUGAAAGUCUUGAUUUACAAGCUCUUAAACUUCAGGAACCUGAUGUUAACUUUUUUAGUCAGCAACUGGAAAAAUACCACAAACAGCACAAGGACGCAGUAGCUCUCAGACCCACCAGAAAUGUAGGAUUGCUGCUCAUUGACACUAGGCUGCUAAGAGAAAAAUUAAUUCCAUCACCUUUGCGAUGCUUAGAGGUGCUAAAUUUUAUGCUUCCUCGUCAAAGCAAGAAAAAAGUGGAUGCCAUUAUCUUUGAGGCACAAGAUGCAGAGUAUAAACUUGAGUUUGUUCCAACUACUACCACAGAAUAUGUUCAUAGCUUAUUAUUUCUUGAUGAAAUUCAGGAACGGAUUGAAAGCCUUGAAGAUGAAGGGAAUAUAGUGACUCAAAUGUACAAGCUUAUUGAACAAUAUCAGGUACCCACACCUCCUGAAGACUUUGCUGUUUUUGCAACUAUGAAGCCAUCCAUUGUUGCUGUUCGGAAUGCCAUUGAUAAAUCAGUGGGUGAUAGAGAAUCAAGCAUUAAGCAAUUUUGUGUGCAUUUGGGUAGUGAUCUUGAAGAAUUAAACAACGAAGUGAAUGAAGUAAAACUGCAAGCGCAGGAUCCACAGAUUUUAGAUAUCUCUGCUGACCAAGACAAAAUAAGGCUCAUAUUGAAUAAUCUGCAAUCUGUUCUGGCUGAUCUUCAGAAACGUGCAUUUCGGUAUAAGUCCUAUCAGAAGAAUUUUAAGGUAGAAGUGUCCAAGUUUGAAGCUUUGGAAGAAGUCAGUGCUGAACUGAAGCUCAAACAACUGCUCUGGGAUUCUUUCUCUGAAUGGGAUAAACUCCAACAAGAAUGGUUAAAGUCCAAAUUUGAUUGCCUGGAUCCAGAAGUCCUAAAUAGUCAAGUUUCUAAAUAUGCUAAAUUUGUGACUCAACUGGAAAAAGGCUUGCCACCCAACAAUGUAGUGCCCCAGCUCAAAUACAAGGUGGAAAAAAUGAAAGAAAAGCUUCCAGUUAUCAUUGACUUGAGAAACCCAACUUUGAAGGCAAGACACUGGGCAGCUAUUGAACAAACAGUUGAUGCCACUCUAGUGGAUACUGAAAUUCCAUUAACCUUGGAGAGGCUCUCCGAGUUGCAUGUUUUUGACUUUGGUCAAGAAAUCCAGGACAUAUCUGGACAGGCUUCUGGAGAAGCUGCCUUAGAAGCAAUUCUUAAAAAGGUGGAGGACUCUUGGAAAACAACUGAAUUUGUCAUUCUGCCUCACCGUGACUCCAAAGAUGUGUUUAUACUGGGCGGCACAGAUGACAUACAGGUCCUUCUUGAUGAUAGCACCAUCAAUGUUGCAACCCUUGCCUCGUCACGUUACAUUGGUCCACUGAAAACUCGAGUGGAUGAAUGGCAAAAACAACUUGCUUUAUUUAAUCAAACACUGGUGAGACUUCUGGAAACUUUUCAAAACAAUAAUGCAUUACUUGACCAAAUUCAGAAGUGCCUAGAGGCAUACUUAGAAUCAAAAAGAGUUAUCUUUCCAAGGUUUUACUUCUUGUCAAAUGAUGAACUUCUGGAGAUUUUGGCCCAGACACGAAAUCCACAGGCUGUGCAGCCACACUUAAGGAAAUGCUUCGACUCCAUUUCAAAGCUCGAAUUUGCUCUCAUGCCUCCUGCUGAAGGAAAGAUUCCUGGUAUUGAUGGAGAACCAGAAAAGGUUUAUACUAAUGAUAUUUUGGCAAUGCUGUCACCAGAGGGAGAAAGGGUUAGCUUGGGGAAAGGCCUCAAGGCCCGAGGCAAUGUAGAAGAAUGGCUUGGUAAAGUGGAAGAAGCCAUGUUCACAUCUCUGCGUCGCCUGUGCAAAGCUGCCAUCGCUGACUAUCAGGGGAAACUGAGGACAGACUGGGUGGUGGCUGGCCACCCUUCUCAAGUUAUCCUGACCGUUUCUCAAAUUAUGUGGUGCCGUGAUUUGACUGAAUGUCUGGAAACAGAACACAGUAAUCACAUAGAGGCCCUGGAGAAUUUUGAAAAAGUAAAUUUUGAGAGAUUAAAUGCCCUGGCUGCAAUAGUUCGAGGCAGUCUUCCUAAAUUACACAGAAACAUCCUAACUGCAUUGAUUACCAUUGAUGUGCAUGCAAGAGAUAUAGUCACUGAACUUGUUCAAUCCAAGGUGGAGACAGUUGAGUCUUUUGACUGGCAGAGACAACUGCGCUAUUACUGGGAUAUAGACCUGGAUAAUUGUGUGGCUAGAAUGGCGCUCUCUCAGUACACUUACGGCUAUGAAUAUUUGGGUGCAUGCCCAAGAUUGGUUAUUACUCCACUCACAGAUCGCUGCUAUCUUUGCCUCAUGGGAGCUUUGCAGCUUGACCUUGGGGGUGCACCAGCUGGUCCUGCUGGCACUGGGAAAACAGAGACUACCAAAGAUCUGGCAAAAGCUCUUGCCAUCCAGUGUGUGGUCUUUAACUGUUCGGAUGGUUUGGACUACAAGAUGAUGGGGCGCUUCUUCAGUGGCUUGGCACAGUCAGGGGCCUGGUGCUGCUUUGAUGAAUUUAAUCGAAUUGACGUAGAAGUUCUGUCCGUCAUUGCGCAGCAACUCAUUACCAUUAGGAACGCCAAAGCGGCAAAGCUCUCUAGAUUCAUGUUUGAGGGGCGGGAAAUAAAGUUGGUGAUGACUUGUGCAGCCUUCAUCACAAUGAAUCCUGGCUAUGCAGGCAGAACUGAAUUGCCAGAUAAUUUGAAAGCCCUGUUUAGACCAUUUGCGAUGAUGGUUCCAAAUUAUGCCUUGAUUGCAGAGGUAAUUCUAUAUUCUGAAGGAUUUGAAUCCAGUAAAAUAUUAGCAAGAAAAAUGACUCAAAUGUAUAAGCUUUGCAGUGAGCAGCUGUCUCAGCAGGAUCACUACGACUUUGGCAUGAGAGCUGUGAAGUCUGUCUUGGUCAUGGCUGGAUCUUUAAAAAGAGAAAACCCAAACCUAAAUGAAGAUGUGGUGUUGAUAAGAGCUUUACGAGACUCCAAUUUGCCAAAAUUUCUAACAGAUGAUGCUCUUCUGUUCAGUGGAAUCAUAUCUGACCUUUUUCCUGGAGUCCAAAUUCCAGAACAUGAUUAUGGUAUUUUACAGUCAACAAUUGUGGAUGUCAUGAAUGGACAAAAUCUUCAGCCUGAGAUGUGUAUGGUUAGAAAGGUGAUACAGUUUUAUGAAACAAUGCUAGUAAGGCAUGGUGUUAUGUUAGUUGGACCAACAGGAGGUGGCAAGACCACAGUUUACAGAAUACUAGCAGAAACUUUAGGGAAUUUACAAAAACUUGGGAUAGAAAAUCCCUUUUACCAAGCAGUUAAAACAUAUGUUCUCAACCCUAAAUCAAUUACCAUGGGCGAAUUAUAUGGAGAGGUUAAUAACUUAACCUUGGAAUGGAAAGAUGGUUUGAUGGCACUAAGUGUCCGAGCAGCUGUGAAUGAUACUUCAGAAGACCAUAAAUGGAUCAUCAGUGAUGGGCCAGUAGAUGCUCUUUGGAUUGAAAACAUGAAUACAGUGCUGGAUGAUAACAAGAUGCUUUGCCUGGCUAACAGUGAGAGGAUUAAACUCACACCUCAAAUUCACAUGCUUUUUGAGGUGCAAGAUCUGCGGGUUGCCUCCCCUGCAACUGUCAGUCGAUGUGGAAUGGUGUUUGUGGAUCCUGAAGAACUGAAAUGGAUGCCUUAUGUUAAAACUUGGAUGAAGGGUAUUUCUAAAAAUCUGAAUGAGGAAACCCAAGAAUAUAUAUUAAAUCUUUUCCAACGUUAUGUUGAUGAAGGUUUACAUUUUAUCAAUAAAAAGUGCAGCCAAGCAAUUCCACAAGUGGACAUCAGCAAAGUUACUACACUCUGUUGCUUAUUGGAGUCCUUGAUACUUGGGAAAGAUGGAGUUAACUUGGCAAUGGAACAAACAAAACUGAACACUAUACUAUGUCAGACUUUUGUUUUCUGUUAUUUGUGGUCUUUGGGUGGAAACCUAACCGAAAACUAUUGGGAUUCUUUUGAUACAUUUAUUAGAACACAAUUUGAUGAUAAUCCUGAUGCCAGGCUUCCCAGUUCUGGUGAUCUGUGGAGCAUUCAUAUGGACUUUGACACCAAACGGUUGGAUCCCUGGGAACGAAUCAUACCUACCUUCAAAUACAACCGAGAUGUUCCAUUUUUUGAAAUGCUUGUCCCCACAACUGACACAGUGCGCUAUGGGUACCUAAUGGAAAAACUACUGGCAGUCAAGCAUUCUGUGUUGUUUACUGGAAUAACUGGAGUGGGCAAGUCUGUGAUUGCAAAAGGAUUGCUAAAUAAAAUUCAAGAAUCAGCUGGUUAUGUCCCUGUUUAUCUGAAUUUUUCUGCUCAAACCUCAUCUGCAAGGACACAGGAGAUCAUUGAGUCAAAACUGGAGAGAAAAAGAAAAAAUAUUCUAGGAGCACCGGGAAACAAACGAAUUGUGAUUUUUGUUGAUGAUUUAAACAUGCCCAGACUGGAUCGCUAUGGCUCUCAGCCUCCGAUUGAAUUACUUCGGCAGUAUCAAGAUUUUGGGGGAUUUUAUGACAGAAACAAACUAUUUUGGAAAGAAAUACAGGAUGUAACAAUUGUAUCAGCAUGUGCACCUCCAGGAGGUGGCCGCAACCCUGUGACUCCCCGCUUCAUCAGACAUUUCAGCAUGCUGUGCCUCCCAAUGCCCUCAGAACACAGUCUGAAACAGAUUUUUCAGGCCAUCUUAAAUGGUUUCCUGAGUGACUUUCCACCAGCUGUAAAGCAAACUGCAUCAAGCAUUGUAGAAGCCUCAGUUGAGAUUUAUAACAAAAUGAGUGUUGACCUCCUACCAACACCUGCCAAGUCCCAUUACGUCUUUAACUUGAGGGACUUAUCCAAAUGUGUGCAAGGUAUCCUCCAAUGUGAUCCAGGAACAAUAAGAGAAGAAAUUCAGAUAUUUAGACUCUUUUGCCAUGAGUGCCAAAGAGUCUUCCACGAUCGCUUGAUUAAUAAUGAAGAUAAGCAAUAUUUCCAUGUUAUUCUGACAGAAAUGGCCAACAAACAUUUUGGAAUUGCAAUUGACCUGGAAUAUUUUUUGAAUAAGCCCAUCAUAUUUGGAGAUUUCAUUAAGUUUGGAGCAGAUAAAGCUGAUCGGAUUUAUGAUGACAUGCCUGAUAUAGAGAAAAUUGCAAAUGUUCUACAGGACUAUCUUGAUGAUUAUAAUCUCACAAAUCCCAAAGAAGUAAAGUUGGUGUUCUUCCAGGAUGCUAUAGAACAUGUUUCAAGGAUUGCUCGGAUGAUACGUCAAGAAAGAGGCAAUGCCCUGCUUGUCGGAGUAGGAGGCACAGGAAAGCAGUCACUCACGAGACUUGCAGCUCAUAUAUGCGGUUACAAAUGUUUACAGAUUGAACUCAGCCGGGGAUAUAAUUAUGAUAGUUUUCAUGAAGACCUGAGGAAGUUGUACAAAAUGGCUGGUGUAGAAGACAAGAAUAUGGUUUUCCUUUUCACUGACACCCAGAUUGUAGUGGAGGAGUUCCUAGAAGAUAUAAAUAACAUCCUGAACUCAGGUGAAGUGCCUAAUUUAUUUGAAAAGGAUGAACUGGAGCAGGUUUUAGCGGCCACCAGACCAAGAGCAAAAGAAGUAGGAAUUUCCGAGGGGAAUAGAGAUGAGGUGUUUCAAUACUUUAUCAGCAGAGUGCGUCAGAAGCUGCACAUUGUCCUCUGCAUGAGCCCAGUUGGGGAGGCCUUUCGGUCCCGGUGCAGGAUGUUUCCAUCGCUUGUGAACUGCUGCACCAUUGACUGGUUUGUGCAGUGGCCCAGAGAAGCACUUCUUUCUGUGUCAAAGACAUUUUUCUCACAAGUCGAUACUGGAAAUGAGGACCUGAAAGAAAAGCUUCCCUUGAUGUGCGUGAACGUUCACCUGAGUGUCUCCAGCAUGGCAGAGCGCUAUUACAAUGAGCUGCGCAGGCGGUACUACACAACACCCACCUCCUACCUGGAGCUUAUCAAUCUUUACCUGUCUAUGCUGUCUGAAAAAAGGAAGCAGAUUAUUUCAGCACGAGAUCGGGUGAAGAAUGGUCUCACCAAGCUACUAGAAACAAACGUACUAGUAGAUAAAAUGAAAUUAGACCUUUCAGCUUUAGAACCUGUACUUUUAAUAAAAUCACAAGAUGUUGAAGCCCUGAUGGAAAAAUUGGCAGUGGAUCAAGAAAGUGCCGAUCAGGUCCGUAACACUGUGCAGGAGGACGAAGCAACAGCAAAAGUCAAAGCUGAAGAAACCCAAGCAAUAGCUGAUGAUGCUCAAAGAGAUCUUGACGAGGCACUACCUGCACUGGAUGCUGCCAACAAAGCACUGGAUUCCUUAGAUAAGGCAGAUAUAUCUGAAAUCAGAGUUUUUACAAAGCCCCCAGAUUUGGUCAUGACAGUAAUGGAAGCAAUCUCCAUUCUCUUGAAUGCCAAGCCUGAUUGGGCAUCAGCAAAGCAACUUCUUGGUGACUCUAACUUUCUAAAAAGGCUUUUAGAAUAUGAUAAGGAGAACAUAAAGCCUCAGAUACUGGCAAAGCUUCAAAAGUAUAUUAAUAAUCCUGAUUUUGUGCCUGAAAAAGUGGAGAAAGUGUCCAAAGCAUGUAAAUCUAUGUGCAUGUGGGUAAGAGCUAUGGAUUUGUACUCUCGAGUGGUCAAGGUCGUUGAACCAAAAAGACAAAAGCUCCGUGCUGCACAGGCUGAACUUGACAUUACCAUGGCUACCCUGAGAGAAAAGCAAGCAUUACUAAGACAAGUAGAAGAUCAAAUACAGGCCUUACAAGAUGAAUAUGACAAAGGUGUAAAUGAAAAAGAAAGCCUGGCAAAGACGAUGGCCCUGACAAAAGCACGUCUAGUACGUGCUGGAAAGCUGACGGCAGCAUUGGAAGAUGAGCAGGUUCGAUGGGAAGAAAGCAUACAGAAGUUUGAGGAAGAAAUAUCAAAUAUCACUGGGAACGUGUUCAUAGCAGCAGCUUGUGUGGCCUACUAUGGGGCUUUCACAGCCCAGUACAGGCAGUCACUUAUAGAGUGUUGGAUCCAGGACUGUCAGUCUCUGGAGAUCCCAAUCGAUCCUUCCUUCAGUCUCAUUAACAUUCUUGGAGAUCCCUACGAGAUACGGCAGUGGAACACUGAUGGGCUGCCCCGUGACUUGAUAUCAACAGAAAAUGGCAUUUUGGUUACUCAAGGCAGACGAUGGCCUUUGAUGAUUGAUCCCCAAGAUCAGGCAAACCGUUGGAUAAGGAACAAGGAAAGCAAAAGUGGUUUAAAAAUCAUUAAGCUUACAGAUAGUAAUUUCUUACGAAUACUCGAGAAUUCAAUCCGACUUGGUUUACCUGUCUUACUGGAAGAGCUUAAGGAAACCCUGGAUCCAGCUCUAGAACCCAUUCUUUUGAAACAAAUUUUUAUCAGUGGUGGCCGACUACUCAUCCGUCUUGGAGACUCAGACAUUGAUUAUGAUAAAAACUUUAGGUUCUAUAUGACAACCAAAAUGCCAAAUCCCCACUAUCUGCCUGAGGUAUGCAUUAAAGUUACCAUUAUCAAUUUCACUGUAACAAAAUCAGGUCUGGAGGAUCAGUUGUUAAGUGAUGUGGUGCGACUUGAAAAACCCAAGUUGGAAGAACAAAGAAUCAAGCUCAUCGUGAGGAUCAACACUGAUAAAAACCAGUUGAAAACUAUCGAACAGAAAAUCCUGAGAAUGCUCUUUACCUCUGAAGGAAAUAUUCUGGACAAUGAAGAACUUAUUGACACACUGCAGGAUUCAAAGAUCACUUCUGGUGCCAUUAAAACCAGGCUGGAAGAAGCAGAGUCCACUGAGCAGAUGAUCAAUGUGGCUCGUGAGAAGUAUCGCCCAGUGGCCACUCAAGGCUCUGUAAUGUACUUUGUCAUUGCAAGCCUCUCAGAAAUAGAUCCUAUGUACCAGUAUUCAUUAAAAUAUUUUAAACAGUUGUUCAAUACCACCAUUGAAACUUCUGUAAAGACGGAAAAUCUACAACAGCGCCUGGACAUACUGCUAGAACAAACUCUCCUAACUGCUUAUGUCAAUGUUUCAAGAGGACUUUUUGAACAACAUAAACUCAUCUACAGCUUUAUGCUCUGUGUUGAGAUGAUGCGUCAGCAAGGAACCCUAACUGAUGCUGAAUGGAAUUUCUUUCUCCGAGGUUCUGCAGGAUUGGAAAAGGAACGCCCACCUAAGCCUGAAGCUCCCUGGCUACUUACUGCUACAUGGUUCGCUUGCUGUGACUUGGAAGAAUCAUUUCCAGUUUUUCGUGGACUUACCCAAAAUAUAUUGUCACAUCCUAUUUCUAUACGCUUAGGAUCUUUUGAGACUUAUAUUAACCCACAGGAAUGGGAAGGCUAUCCUAAAAUGAAAUACGAAGAGAAACACUUGAGACAGGAAAAGGAGGCCACACACCAGGAUCCGUGGAGUGCAGGAUUGAGUUCUUUCCAUAAGCUAAUUCUUAUUAAAUGUUGUAAAGAAGAAAAGGUGGUUUUUGCUCUUACAGACUUUGUGAUAGAAAAUCUUGGAAAACAGUUUAUAGAGACACCACCUGUGGACCUGGCUACACUGUAUCAAGACAUGUCAUGCAACACUCCCCUGGUAUUCAUCUUAAGCACAGGCUCAGAUCCCAUGGGUGCAUUUCAGAGGUUUGCCCGGGAAAGUGGAUAUUCAGAACG